UGAGCGGCCCAGCCCCGCCGGCCCGCUCCGUGUCAGUCAGUCAUGGAGCGGCCGCCUCGAGCCGCAGUGGCGGCGGCGGGGACCGGGUGCCGGGGACCGGGCUGAAUCGGCAGUCCGAGUGGGAACGUGUCGCAGAGGCGAAGGGGGCAGAGGCGGCGGGUUCCGGGUGGCUGCGACGGCAGGAGGAGCCGGAGCCGCCUGGGAUGUUCAGUCAUGAAACGAGUACGCACAGAACAGAUUCAGAUGGCAGUGUCCUGCUACCUCAAACGACGUCAAUAUGUAGAUUCAGAAGGUCCUCUAAAACAAGGAUUGCGGUUGUCUCAGACUCCUGAAGAGAUGGCAGCUAAUCUCACAGUCCAAUCAGAGUCUGGUUGUGCCAAUAUAGUGUCUGCAGCCCCCUGCCAGGCUGAGCCUCAGCAAUAUGAAGUACAGUUUGGUCGAUUACGGAAUUUUCUCACUGAUUCUGAUUCCCAGCACAGCCAUGAAGUGAUGCCUCUCCUAUAUCCUCUCUUUGUCUACCUCCAUCUUAACAUGGUCCAGAAUGGCCUGAAGAGCACAGUGGACAGUUUUUACAGUCGCUUCCAUGGAAUGUUUUUGCAGAACGCCAGCCAGAAGGAUGUCAUUGAGCAGCUACAGACCACUCUGACCAUUCAAGACAUCCUGUCCAACUUCAAACUCCGGGCAUUCCUGGAUAACAAGUAUGUGGUCCGCCUCCAAGAGGACAGCUACAAUUACCUUAUCCGCUACCUCCAAAGUGACAACAACAGUGCCCUGUGCAAAGUUCUCACCUUACACAUUCAUCUUGAUGUGCAGCCUGCCAAGAGAACAGACUACCAGCUAUAUGCCAGUGGCAGCUCCUCACGAAGUGAGAGCAAUGGACUGGAGCCGGCAGAUAUGCCCACAUCUAUUUUGCAGAAUGAGGCUGCUCUGGAUGUCCUGCAAGAGAGCAUUAAGCGAGUUAAGGAUGGACCCCCUUCACUUACCACAAUUUGUUUCUAUGCCUUCUAUAACACUGAGCAAUUGCUGAAUACUGCAGAAAUCUCCCCAGACAACAAGUUGCUAGCUGCUGGGUUUGAUAAUUCCUGUGUAAAACUUUGGAGCUUGAGAUCCAAGAAGUUAAAAUCAGAGCCCCAUCAGGUGGACAUCUCCCGUAUUCGUUUGGCUUGUGAUGUUCUGGAUGAAGAGGAAGAUGAUGAUGACAUGGGCACAGAAAUGAAGAUCUUGCGAGGGCAUUGUGGGCCCGUGUAUAGUACAAGGUUCCUAUCAGACAGCUCAGGGUUGCUAUCUUGCUCCGAAGAUAUGUCUAUUAGAUACUGGGACCUUGGAAGUUUUACCAAUACUGUAUUAUACCGAGGACAUGCCUAUCCUGUCUGGGAUCUGGAUAUCAGUCCGUGCAGCCUAUACUUCGCAAGUGGUUCCCAUGACCGCACUGCAAGACUCUGGUCAUUUGAUCGGACGUACCCAUUGCGAAUAUAUGCAGGACAUCUAGCAGAUGUGGACUGUGUAAAAUUCCACCCCAAUUCAAACUACUUAGCUACAGGCUCAACUGAUAAAACUGUUCGCCUUUGGAGUACUCAGCAAGGAAAUUCUGUGAGGCUCUUCACUGGUCACCGGGGCCCUGUGCUUUCACUUGCAUUUUCUCCAAAUGGUAAGUACUUGGCCUCUGCCGGUGAGGAUCAGCGGUUGAAGCUGUGGGACUUGGCAUCUGGUACCCUCUACAAAGAAUUGAGAGGCCACACGGACAAUAUCACCAGCCUUACUUUCAGCCCAGAUAGUAGCUUGAUUGCCUCUGCAUCCAUGGAUAACUCUGUUCGGGUUUGGGAUAUUCGGAACACUUAUUGCAAUGCUCCUGCAGAUGGUUCUUCCAGUGAACUUGUUGGUGUAUAUACUGGGCAGAUGAGUAAUGUACUGAGUGUUCAGUUUAUGGCCUGUAACCUUCUUCUAGUGACUGGAAUUACACAAGAAAAUCAGGAACAUUAAUUUUUUUUUUUUUUUUUUAAUGAAUUGGGAUAGUGGUGGAAGGCUUUGCAAUUAUAAGAGUCUUACUACAAACUGAGAUUAAAUCACUGACUGUGAAAGAGACUUCCUCCCCUUCUCUUCUUCCUUUCUCCCAUUGGCAGACAGAUCUUUGGUAUUGCAAAUACCAUAUUGUUGCUCUGCCCAAAAAUGUCCUAAAACACUGAGGUUGGGGAAGGAGAGGCUGAAGAAAGAUGGUGUGUAGACUUGAGACAAGAAGUUAAGCUGCUUUUGAGAUCAGAUGGAAUUUCAUAGAGAUCUUGUUGUGAUCUUAAACAAGUACCUUAAUUUCUGUCUCACUUUUCCCAAUCACAAAAUUGGGAUAAUAGUAAUAUUCCCUCACUUAAGGGUGUAGGGACUUUUGAUUGGAUGAUGUUUGCAAAGCACUUUGAAGAUAAGCAGUGCUAAAAGUGUUAAGUAUUACCAUUCACUUUGGUUGAAGGGAAAUCCUUUUGGCUUAGGAAUGCAAGGGUGGGAGUUGGGGUUGGGAGGGAGGAUGGGUAAUCCUGGCAGAAAGUCUUUCAUUUUCUGCAAUUGCAAAGAACCAGGAUUUUUUUUUUAUUAUUGUUAUAAUUAUUAUUAUUAUUAUUAUUAUUGAGAAGAGGAAAUCUAGCACUGGCAGAGGGUUCCAUCUCUGCUUUUAUCUUUCAGGUUUGACUCCUGGCACUGGCUGUGAUACUUGGAAUUUUGAGGUUCAGGGACUUAGAGAAUUUGGUCGCACAGUGUGUUGGGAGAAAAGGGCAAUUUCUGGGUGGUGCUUAAAUCACCCUGGCUGAGGUGUUAUGGGUGGGUGGGUUUGAUUAAGAAAGUUUUGGGCUCCUGCAGUGAUGGUGGGAAGGGAGAAUUCUCUUCCUAGUUGCACCUCUCCAUAAAAGAACAUUUGUUGCAUGGGGAUACAAGUAAUUUGCAAUGGUAAGUCAUCAGUUGAAAUUGGAAAAAAUGAAUUCCCAUAUUAUCAUAUGUUCAGAGGUGUAGCUUUUUUGCAAAAUGUUUUUUUUCCUUCCCGAAUCUCUUUGCUCCCACCUCCUGCAUUGCAAUACCAGUUUUAUGAACACUUUGUGAAACAAGUCUUAGAUGAAACCAUGCUUUGAGGAUAAAGCAAGUUCUAAUUUGUUUGUGGAGAAAAGGAUUAAAUAUUUCUGUUUUCUGAAAAGAGUUAUUUUGUAUUUUGUUUUCUAUUAAAAAAAGCAUUUAGUUAAAAAAAAAGUGUUGAUACCUUUUUUGGGGCUUUGAGGAAAGGAGGAUGUGUGGUUUUAUUUAGAGAGCAAGAUGGGGAGGCUAUUUGGUCAUCAGACUGAGCUAGCAACCAAACAGAAUAUUUUCAGUAGGGCAACUUGUCCCUCAUUAAAGUAAUAAUCAAUUAAGAAGGCUAGACUAGCCCCAAUAGAUUUAUUUGGUGCAGGUAAUUUUUAUCUCCUACCUAUUUUAAGUUCUUCAGUACAUUUUGCAUCAGGAUUACAGACAGUAUUCGACUUGGCAAUUGAGAACAUUUAUAGUCUUAAGUCCAUUCAGACAAAUGGUAAAAGCUUAAGGCUGUUACAAAUGUUUACUUUUGGGAAUUUUCAGUUAGGCCUCCCCUUCAUACGCAUUAUCACAACUUAGCUAAUUUACUGCAAUAUGUUAUUUAGAUAAAAUGAAGCUUUUAUUGGUAAACUUUGGGUAAAGUUUAUAUGAUUCUUUUGUAGGUCAAGAAUUUUCUCAUUUAAAAAACACUGGUCCCACACACCAUUAUAAUUUGAUUAUAUUAUUUUAGUUUAGAAAUUAAAAUAGUUAUGUUUGUUAGUGGACAAAUUCUAGCUUCUCUAUUAAUAAACCUAUUUGGUAGAAAAUGAUGGGGAUUUUAAAAGAAUAAUUUCUCCAUCACAUAGUGUUUCCAAUGCAUUGAAAAAAAUGACUUAGAAAAAUCAUUUGCCUUUCCAAAGUAAUGAAAAUAUGAAGCUUAAGAAGUUUCUCUGAUUUGUAGGAAGGACUCAUCCAAAAGUUCUUAUUUUGUGGUUAACUUAGAACAAAGUAUCACUACCUUCCAGUUCAUCUUUAUUAAAGUCUGGGACUGGGAUGUGCUCUUAAUUCUUUCCUCUUGUCCUGUCAGGUUUUGAAGAAGAGUAGAAGGAAUGUUAAUCAUUCUCAAAAAAUUGUAUCCUUUCAGAAAUGGAUGGCAUGAGUACUCCUCAGGGAUUUUCAUUACCCACAAUGAUAAUUUAUUACUUUUUAAAAAUUGUUAUU